GCGAGGACACCAGGGGACCAACCCGGAGGGAGAACAGAAACUCCAGAACACCCUGGAAAUAACUCCAGAAAAGCAAGCAGCCAGCCAGGCAGGUUCUGUCCCUCUCAUACACCGGCCCAAGGUUCCACAUCUCCUUCUGGAAAGAACACCAUGAGCACAGAAAGCAUGAUCCGCGAUGUGGAGCUGGCAGAGGAGGCACUCCCCAAAAAGGCGUGGGGACCCCAGAACUCCAGCCGGUGCCUAUGCCUCAGCCUCUUCUCCUUCCUGCUUGUGGCGGGUGCCACCACCCUCUUCUGUCUGCUGAACUUCGGAGUGAUUGGCCCCCAAAGGGAAGAGAAGUUCCCAAACAACCCUAUCAUGGGCUCCAUGGCCCAGACUCUCACACUCAGGUCAUCUUCUCAAAAUUCAAGUGACAAGCCUGUAGCUCAUGUUGUAGCAAACAACCAAAUGGAGGAGCAGCUGGAGUGGCUGAGCCAGCGUGCCAAUGCCCUCCUGGCCAAUGGCAUGUCUCUCAAAGACAACCAGCUAGUGAUACCAGCAGAUGGGCUGUACCUCGUCUACUCCCAGGUUCUCUUUAAAGGUCAAGGCUGCUCCAACUAUGUGCUCCUCACCCACACUGUCAGCCGUAUUGCCGUUGCCUACGAGGAUAAAGUCAACCUCCUGUCUGCCAUCAAGAGCCCCUGCCCCAAGGAAACCCCUGAGGGGGCAGAGCUAAAGCCCUGGUAUGAGCCCAUCUACCUGGGAGGGGUCUUCCAGCUGGAGAAAGGCGACCGGCUUCGUGCUGAGGUCAACCUUCCUAAAUACUUAGACUUUGCAGAAUCCGGACAGGUCUACUUUGGAGUCAUCGCUCUGUGAGGCAGAUGGGUGUCCACCCAGUAUCUACCCAACCCCCACUCUGGCCCCUUUAUUAUCUACUCUUCAGGCCCCAGUCCAUCUCCUUCUAACUCAGAAGGGGAAUAUGGCUCAGGACAGGCUCUGACUCACAAUUUUCAGCAACUAUAACACUCAGAAAAACAAACUGCAGGGUUAACAGCCUGGACUAUGGAGUUCUCACCAACCACCCACCAUCAUGGAUUCAAACAGGCUUCCGGAAUUCGAUGGAGCCUCAAAUGUUGAUUCCUGAGCUCUGUGAAGGUGGUUUGGGCUACCUCUGGCUGCUGAAGAAGAUCUCAGGCCUUCCUGUCUCUGGAUGUUUGCAGACUCUUCAGUACCCAGCCACCCUCACAGAGCCAGCCCCCUCUAUUUAUGAUUGCACUUAUAAUUAUUUAUUUAUUAUUUAUUAUUUAUUUAUUUGCUGAUGAUUGUAUUUAUUUGGAAGGCCAGGGUGUCCUGGAGGACCCAGCAUUGGGAGCUGUCUUGGGACUGACUUGUUUUCUGUGAAAACAGAGCUGAACUAUCAGCUGUUCCCACCUGGGCUCCUGGCCUCAUUGCUUCCUUUUUGCUUAUGUUUAAAACAAAAUAUUUAUCUAAUGCAAUUGUGUUAAUAAUGCUGAUUUGGUGACCAGGCUGUCGCUACAUCACUGAACCUCUGCUCCCCACGGGAGCCAUGACUGUAAUUGCCCUACGGGUCAGUGUCAGAAAUAAAGAUUGCUUGAAAAAGAAA